AUGUUCGCCAGGCCGAGCGGGCCAUGGGCCAACCUGUGCCUGCUGGCCGUCUUCGUCCUGACCAUCAUCUUCAGCAUCUCGUCCCUAGUCUAUGAGCGCCAGGGUCAACCUUUCUCGUGCCGGACCUGGGGCGAGUGCGGCUACCUCGAGCGCCCGACUUACAAGCACGACAUCCCAGGCGAUCUCGACGUUGUUGUCGACCAGGGCAAAUCUCACGACGACACCACCCUUUACACGCGCGAGAUCCUCAACCUCCCACACCCAAACCUCCUCAUCCUCGUCGUGAGCAAGGACUCGGCCUCGUGGGGCGCCGACUCCCGCUCCUCGGGCCGUACCCCUACGGACCUGAUCGACCUGCUCAUCCGCACAGAUCUCGACUUCACCAGCGUGUCCAUCGGCCUGCUGACCACGCAGCGGGACGAGUUCGACUCGAUCAAGAACGCCACCCGCGCCCUGCCCUUUGCCAGGACCUCCAUCUUGCUCCAGCCGGCAUCGUCAUCCUCACGCCCUGAUGACGACGACAGCGAGACCACGCACCGUGCAAACAUUGCUCGCGCCCGCAACUACCUCAUGCUCCGCACCGUGCAGGACGAGACGCACCUGCUCUGGAUCGACGCCGACAUUGUCGAGCUGUCCGAGGGCCUGGUGCAGCGCAUGAUGGACCAGGCCAACAAGAACCCGCACGUCGGGCUCAUGACGGCCCGGUGCAGGCUGCGGGACGCCGACAGCGACUACGACACUAAGGCGUGGAGCCUGUCGGCGCAUGCUGGGGGUUCUGAUGGCAGCAACGAUAAUGAUAAUCAGCGCGCUGGUGAGAAAGCGGCGGCCGAGAGAGCAAAGAUGAUCACGGGCGCGGUCCCGCUGUCCGACCAGGCCAGCGCCGCGCAGGAGCUGCGCGACACGCGGACGCAGGCCGGCCAGCUGCUGGCGGGCACUGCGGACGAUGCGCUCGUCCCGCUGGACAGCGUGGGCGCCACGAUCCUCUAUAUCCGGUCCGACCUGGUGCUGCGCGGGGUCAUCUUCCCGCCGUUCAAUGUCGUGGGCACGCUCUGGGAUCACGGAGGCUGGACGGGCAUGGAGACAGAGGGAAUCUGCUACAUGGCUCGGCAGAUUGCCGGCAAGGGGUGUUAUCUGCUUGGAGGGCAGAAUUAUGUCAGGCACGCUGAUCUGGGCAGCAGUGUUUCCUGA